AUGGCUACGAAGAGAAUCAACAAGGAGCUCGUCGACCUCGGUCGCGAUCCUCCUUCGUCCUGCAGCGCUGGCCCCACCGGUGACAACAUGUUCCAAUGGCAAGCAACGAUCAUGGGACCCGGCGACUCUCCUUACGCCGGCGGUGUCUUUUUCCUCUCAAUCACUUUCCCCACUGACUACCCCUUCAAGCCUCCCAAGGUUUCUUUUUCCACCAAGAUCUACCAUCCGAACAUCAACAGCAACGGCAGCAUCUGUCUCGACAUUCUCAGAGACCAGUGGAGUCCAGCGCUGACCAUCUCCAAGGUGUUGCUCUCGAUCUGUUCGAUGCUCACUGACCCAAAUCCUGAUGAUCCGCUUGUUCCCGAGAUCGCCAACUUGUACAAGACGGACCGUCAGCGUUACGAGAGUACUGCCCGUGAAUGGACCAGAAAGUACGCCAUGUAA